CAGGAGCAGCCCCAGGCGGCGGCGCGACGGUCCCCGCCAUGUCUGCAGCCAUGAGGCAGAGGUUCGACCAGUUCCUUCACCAGAAGAACUGCAUGACUGACCUCUUGGCCAAGCUCGAGGCCAAGACCGGCGUGAACCGGAGCUACAUGGCCCUUGGUGUCAUCGGGCUGGUGGCUUUGUACCUGGUGUUCGGUUAUGGAGCCUCUCUCCUCUGCAACCUGAUAGGAUUUGGUUACCCAGCCUACGUCUCAAUUAAAGCGAUAGAGAGUCCAAACAAAGAAGAUGAUACCCAGUGGCUGACCUACUGGGUAGUGUAUGGUGUGUUCAGCAUUGCCGAAUUCUUCUCUGACCUCUUCCUGUCAUGGUUCCCCUUCUACUACAUGCUGAAGUGCGGCUUCCUGUUGUGGUGCAUGGCUCCCAGCCCGGCCAACGGAGCGGACCUGCUCUACACGCGCAUCAUCCGUCCUUUCUUCCUGAAGCACGAGUCGCAGGUAGACAACGUGGUGAAUGACUUGAAGGACAAAGCCAAAGAGACUGCAGAUGCCAUCUCUAAAGAAGCCAAGAAAGCUGCUGUGAAUUUACUGGGUGAGGAAAAGAAGAGCACCUAAAUCACUGACUGGAUGAAACCUUUCUGCCCUCUCUGUACCUUCCUUUUAGAGCUUGAUGUUAUUAGGAACUGUGGUAUAAUCAUUUUAAUGAUGUUGCCUUGGAAACAUUUUUGAUAUAUUAAAAAAAGGAAUGUGU